UAACAAUCCCUGGCCAGUAUAGAAGCACAAGUUCCGCGCCUUGCUCGCGAGGAGCUGUUCUCUUUCGGCCUCCCAUUGACCAUGGCCAACGAGGCGAUCACCUCAUCAUGGAAUCCGGCACUGAUGCCAAACAGUAUACAUGAUGCCGAAGCAGCCCACGACGACCAAGCAGAGCCCUUGACCGGGACCCCGGCUCAUGGCCUGGAACACGACGAAGAGCCGACGGCAUGGAAUCUGCAUGAGGAUGGGCGGGAUGCGGAGGAACAGUCCUCAUUUCCUGGUGGCGACGUUGAGACCGCUGCGGAGGGCGAUGCUGGGCUAGCUUCGGAGGUGCCCGCGCCCCAUCACGAAGCUGCAGAGACCUCUACGGAACCUCCAGCGCCCGCGGCAGGAGGAGCAGAUGAUACGGCUGCCACGACCGCCCGUACCACACAGCAUUCGAGCUCCAUGUCCUUCACGCGGACGGUUUCUGACGAAGUCAGCUUCAGCGACAACGACGAGACCGAGUGGGGUCUUUCAAGGACGGACACGGAUCCCUUCAAGUUCAUGUCCCCGUCCGAUAGAACAAAUUCUUUCCCUGUCGUCCCGUUGAUGUCAGAAGAACCGGAGCGCAUCGAUGAUGUGCACCUGCCGUCGUCCCAGGCACUCGAUGUACUUGAGGAAACGGAGAGGGAUGGCCAUGUGGAAGAGGAAGAGUAUCAAGCUGAUGAGCACCCUGAGCCCAGCUCAGAAGUGGCAUCUGAGCCUUCGAAAGUUUCGAAGCGCGGUCAUGCGCCGUCGAGGUCUAUUGGCGGUGACGUGCAAUGGUCUGAGGAUGCCGAAUCUCAGGCGCGAUUUGAAGAAGGUGUACCGCUGAUACCUCACUCACACGCGGAUUCUGAUACUCCAGCCGGUGGCGACAAAGCUCACGUCGUCUCUUUUGACGAUGACAACGAAGACGACGACUUCUUUAACCAGGUCAGCCACAAUGCCCAGGACGACACCAGCCAAGGCGGACAAGCCCAGCCGCUACAGCGCAAGUCGACAAUGCAGGUCUUGGCAUCUGCCAACCAAGAGCCUACUUCUCACCAGCCAACGCUCUUUGAGUCGCCUGAACAGGACGAAGAGGGACUUCUUUCGCCGCAUGCCAAUCCGAUUGAGAAGCCUGACCCCCUAGACGGUCAUGACAAGCCGAACGGAACGGAAGCUGCUUCAAGCCAGGAUCUUUCAUCGAAAUGGGAGGAAGCGUUCGCCAGCGACGACGACGACGGCGAAGGCUUCCUGAUUGAAGAUGCGACAGCAGGGGACAAAGAGGUUGAGGUUGAUGCUGCUGCGUUCUUGGGUAGUGACGAUGAAGGACUGCUGGAUGAUCUCGAAGAAGAGGCGCCGCCAACCCAGCCCGCGCCGCUGAGCUCUCAAGCGAGCAGUGUGACAUCGACAUCUGCCUAUGCGCCGACUUCUUACGUACCAACUCAGCAACGUUCGGCUUCUGCGUCUGCAUACACGCCCGUUACGACGCCGUCACAGCCCUCGUUUUACGGAGCUUCCACUCAGGGCCCGUCUCUCCCAUCGACAACCCCAUACGGCCAAGUACCUCCUCCCCAACAGCCUUCAGACUCGCCCAAAGCCCAAAGCUUUGUAGACAAGUCCAAGGGGGGCUAUUCGGCGGCCUUUGACCUCCCACCCGACUUGGUUACAACCACGGUGAAGCCUCGAAAACGAGCUAGUAUGCAGCAACUGCCACUGGAUAAUUCCUCCCCUUCCCUUCAACCUCCCCCUCCACCACGGAGUGCCAGCAUGCAUGCCAGCAUUGGUACGACUGAGGCAACACCACCAGGCGGCAUUCAGAAAUCCCCUCUCUUGCGCCACAAGUCAAGCUUCUUUGAGGACUUGCCAGUUGCGCCUCGGUCACGUUCGAUCUCGAGACAAAGCGCCAGGGCCGUCUCUCCCAAUCCAUAUGCACUUGCAACCUCCCCUCAUGGGCCGUCUCCCCUGAGCCCUCCCAUGGCAACCCAAAUUCCGCCUGCCGCUACGGCUCCGGCCGCGAAGGUAAAUCUGGUGGCCCCUGAGCGCGUCAGCCCUUAUGCGCCUCUUCAAUCGCCAAAUGCUCCCCUGCCUUCACCAGCUGCCAACGUAUCCAGAUACUCCCCGGCUCCCCCUCCUCCCCAAGGUGCUGGUAGCCAGAGUGCACCGCCACCGGCCGGCCGGUAUUCACCAGCACCCGCCGCCUCCCACUCGACAAAUGCGUACAGUCCGGCCGUUGCAGUAACGCCAACUCAAACAGUCUUGCCUCAUCUUCCGCGAACCUCUAGUCCGCUGGCCCAUUUUGAGAUUAGCAGCGACAAACCACACGCUAGCGCCUCGUACGAACCAAGACUGACCCGUGUUUCUUCUCUUCCCCCCACCCGCGAGGUUGAAGAGGAGGAAGAUCAGUCUUCCAGUGCUCAGCGACUGAAUACCGCACGCUCCCCUCCGCCUCCAGCCCUGCCUACCCUUUCCGCUCAGGCUACCUUAUCGCCCCCUAAACGGCCAGGUUCUGGUUACAUACCCAGCAGUCUCCCCUCAGCUCAGCCAGGCUUUGUCCCACCUCCACGAGCUCAGACGCAAUCCCCUGGAGCUACCCGAGGAAGUCAAUAUGCCCCGAAGCCUUUGGAGCCCGCACGCCGGCCUUCUUCGUCGCAUACACCCGUUCCCCCCCCCGCUGCUAAGGCUACAUAUGCCCCUACCACUCACUCUCGACCUCAAUCCCUGGCGAUGAACAUGAUCGCCCCGACCGAUGGACGAGAGCACGACCCUCUCCAGAGAUGGCAAGGUGUCCCCAUCAUCUCUUGGGGAGUUGGCGGCGUAGUAGUCACCUCCUUUCCCAAGAGCAUUCCGAGAUACGUCAUGAACCAAACGACUCCUUCCAUACUGCGAGCCCCCGGAGAAGUCAAGGUGCAAAACGUCAAGGACAUUGAGACCCUGCCAGACCGUCUGGCCAAGUUCCCGGGUCCGCUAAAGGGCAAAUCGAAGAAGAAAGAGGUGCUUACCUGGCUCAGUGCUGGCAUUGAAAGCCUAGCGAAAGAACUACCCGACGUGACAUUCCACCCGCAGCUUUCGCACGAAGCGAAACGGACGAUUGAGCGUCUUCUGCUGUGGAAGAUCCUUCGGGUCUUUGUCGAAUAUGAUGGCGUGCUAGAAGGCAAUCCUGCAGCGGAGAAGGCGGUGCGAGAUGUUCUCUCCCCAGGGACCGUCACCCCAACUGCGGAGAACGAUGCUCUGUUCCCGGUGGACCCAACCGUUGGCAUCACUGGCGCUGCGGUGACCUCGAUGCAGGCCGAUGGAGCCGAUGCCGCGACCAUGGAACAGAUUCGCCGUCAUCUUCUCAAGGGUGACCGCGAAAAUGCCGUCUGGACGGCGGUCGACAAGCGUCUGUGGGGACACGCCAUGCUCAUUUCCCACACAGUCUCACCCGACUUGUAUAAGCGUGUCGCGCAAGAGUUUGUUCGCAAGGAGGUCAACCAUCCUGGUCAGAACAACGAGUCUCUUGCCGCUCUGUACAAGGUCCUGUCUGGCAACUAUGACGACUGUGUCGAUGAGCUUGUUCCGGUGCAUGCCCGUGCUGGCAUGCAGCUGGUCUCGACUGGGUCGUCUCUUGAGCCUGCCAAGGACGCCAUGGAAGGGCUGGAUAAGUGGAGGGAGACGCUGACGCUUGUUUUGAGCAACAGAAGUGCUGAUGACAUUCGUGGCCUCAACGCCCUGGGCAAGUUGCUAUCCAGCUACGGAAGGGCCGAAGCCGCCCACAUCUGCUUCAUGUUCAGCAGACAAAUCUCCGUGUUUGGCGGCCUCGACGAUCCCAAUGUUGAUUUUGUCUUGCUGGGAUCAGACCAUCGACAGAACUUGCACCAGAUUGCAAAAGACACGGAGGCUUUGCAGCUCAGCGAGGUGUACGAGUACGGUCUUACGCUCUCGGGCAUCCCCUCGGCGGCCGCCGGCGCCCCUCACCUCGCAGCCUACAAGCUUCACCAUGCAAUCACAUUGGCCGAAUAUGGCUACCGGGACAGAGCUUUGCAAUACUGCGACGCCAUUCUCUCAGCGAUAUCCGCCCAGACAAAGAGGUCGCCCUAUCAUCAUCCACUGCUGGAGGCGGCUGUCGACGACUUUAUGGUCCGCUUGAAACAGGCACCGAAGGAGGAGUCAUCCUCGUGGAUGUCCAAGCCCAGCAUGAACAAGGUGUCGGACAGCAUGUGGAACAGAUUCAACAAGUUCGUUGCCGGAGAGGAAUCCGAGAACGCCACUGCAACGCCAACCGAGGAGACUGGCCCAUUUGCCCGCAUCGGAACCCCGUCCAUGAGCCGCUCUCCCUCUGUUUCCAACUUCGACACCUUGGGCAUCAGCUCGCCGAGCUACCCAGGGGCUGGUGCCCCCGCUGCAACAUCCGCGCUCUCGUCAGCGCUGUCGCGAUAUGCUCCUGUUAAUUCGCAGCCUGCGUAUGGUACAGAGUCGCCACAGGUGUCAAAUUUCUCUCAUGCUGGGCGAAGCUCGAACGAAUACACGCCUGGCACAUACGGAGCUUCCUUCUCUAUGGCUGGCUCGCCGCCUGCUCACGGUAACGGAUUCGCAUCCUCCGGCCUCAGCUUCCAGCCAAUGACCCCUAUCCUUAAAAAUGAAGGGAGUGCUUCUUACGGCGGAUAUCAGCCCUACGGGACCCAGGAAUCAGCUUCGUCGCUGCCCGCCCCUAGAGAGUCCACCACGGGCUCCUCCACGCAAGGAUAUCAGCCACUGUCCUAUGGAUACGAACCUCCAGCAACCAGUGCCGAUGCGCCGGAGUCUGGAGAGGCAAAUGAGGGCGUGGCUGGGGCUUCUUCAGGCGGUGGCUACGAACCUCCAUCCUACCAGCCUUACGGAUAUGAGCCACCUUCAUACGAACCUGAUGCUGAGCCAUCUGCCGAGGCCGACGAUGACGAGCCCAAGCCCAGAAAGAAGAGCUUCAUGGAUGACGACGACGACGACUUCCCCACCACGCAGGCCAAAGAGAAGUCCAAGGCAGAAAAGGAUCGUGAGAACCAGGAGUUGUUCCGUAAGGCAGCCGAAGAAGAUGCUAAACGAGCUGCCGAAGCUGCGCAAGCCAAGAAGGGCUGGGGCUUUACUAGCUGGUUCAGCGGCAGCAAGAAAGAAGCUGCGAGCCCCGGCGAGGCCUCGUCUCCUGGCAAACCCAUCAAGGCCAAGCUCGGCGAGGCGAGUAGUUUCGUCUACGAUCCUGAGCUCAAGCGAUGGGUGAACAAGAAGCCCGGAGCCGAGCAGGUGGAAGCAAAGGCGGCCACUCCUCCGCCGCCCAAGGCCAGUCCACGAUCCGUCAGCGGGACGCCUCCGCUCAGGCAGUUCACGCCGCCUCCCGCAGCGGGCCGAUCCAGCCUCCCACCGUCUGCUUCAAGCUUUGGAACUCUUGCUCCGCCACCGGUGCUCAACAGAGCCACGUCGCAGGAGAGCCUCAGCGCGCCGCCGAUGCUGCGGUCCAUGUCUGGCGCGAGCACCGACAGCAAGCCCUCCAGCAGACCUACCACGAGCAUGAGCAACGCGAGUAGCAUCGACGACCUGCUCAGCGCUGGACCCCGUAAGCCUGGGCAAAAGAAGGCUCGGAAGGCUGGGCGUUAUGUCGACGUCAUGGCAAAAUGA